AUGAAUCCUAGCUCCAUGAACCUCAACACUGUUGAACCACUUACUGGUAUCAACUAUAAGAAAUGGAAACAGGAUCUAGAGAUCGUGCUAGGAGUCAUGGAUUGGGAUUUAGCACUCAGAACUGAAGAGCCUCCUAUGCCGACAGAUGGGAGCACAUCCAACCAACGGUCCAAGUAUGAAAAAUGGCAAAAAUCAAACAGGAUUUCCCUGAUGAUUAUCAAGAAGAGUAUGACUGAUGUGGUUCGAGGUGGCUUCCCUGAUGCUACUAAUGCCAAGGAAUUUCUUGCAUCCAUCGAAGAAAAGUACAAUGAGUCUCCAAAAUCCGAGACAGGUAAUCUCAUGAACUCACUUACCACCAUGAGAUAUGAUGGCAUUGAAAGCGUACGUGAAUAUAUCUUGAAAAUGAUGGAUGUUGCUGGAAAGCUUAAGGCUCUCGAGGUACCUAUAUCUGAAACAUUCCUUGUGCAUGUGAUAAUGAACUCACUACCUGAUAGCUACACUCAACUGAAAGUAUCUUAUAAUGCUUUGCGUGAAAAAUGGGAUGUGAAUGAAUUAAUUGCUAUAUGUGUAAGUGAAGAAGAAAGGAUGAAAAAGGAGAAGUAUGAAAAGAAAAAGGUUGAGUCUGUCAACCUUGUGCAUGGUGCCUAUAAAGCACACAAACCUUCGGCUGUUGAUGUUACCAGGAAAGAAACUACCAAAAGGGCUCCAUCUCCUACCAAAAGGAACUUUAAACCUAACAAUGCUAUUUUUGCAAGAAAACAGGUCAUAUGA